CCCAGCGUAGGCUGUCAUUUCCAUGCCGACUUUAAUAGGGGUGCUACACAGCUUAAUGAAAGAAGGAAGGAAAUUUUCCACACUUUUUUGUUAAAAAUUUACUACGGAAACCUAAUUACUUAUUUACUCUUCAGUACUCUUCAGUCCACUGCAACUAAAUGGAACUCUCGAAGAGCUGGUUUCUGGUAACUUGUCUGCUAGGGACCUGCCUGCCCCAGAGCCAGGGAAAGGUCUAUCCGAGGGACAUUCACCCAAACACUCCCAAGUUUCGACGCAUCUGGGGCGGGGUGGAAUCCAACACAGGCCCCAAUUUCGGAGGCUGGCUGCUGCGGAUCCUGAACGCUGAUGGUAACUUUAUCUGCGGAGCAGCCUACUAUGCUCCUGUAAUCGUGAUCACCUCGGCCAACUGCAUCUAUCCCUAUUCGCAAAGCCUCGAGGGUGUUACGGUGGAGGGCAGCGCGUUCUCCGAAUGCGAUAGGGAGAACGUUGCUGAUAUCGAGACCGUUAAGUUUCCCGCGAAGUUCAUCUACCAGAAACUGUACAUGGACGUGGCAGUAGUGCGUCUAAGGGAGCCCGUAAUGGGCCGACUCACUGAGUUCAUCCGGCUUUGCACCGUCAAAGUGCAGCCUAAAAUGCAAUUGGUGGUCUUCGGAUGGGGUUUCGACAGUAUUGAGAUGUAUAUGCCCUCACCGGAUCCCCGCAAUGCUACAGUGACCAUUAUAUCCGAUAAGGAGUGCAAACGCACAUUCAAAAGUGACAUAGAGCUAUCGAGCACAUCGAUCUGUGCCAGUCAGCCCAAGAAUUCUAGACAGUGCCUUUACGACGGUGGAAGCCCCUUGAUUUACGGAAAAGAGCUCUGCGGCGUCGUGUCCUUCGGAUCGUAUUGCGGAGACACUUCCAUACCCGGCAUGUACACCAAUAUCAGAAGAGUGCGUAAGUUCAUCACUGAUGCAGAAAAAUCCAUUAAUGGCGAGGAUAUAAAUAGCUCAACUACACUAGCGACAAAAGUCACUAAAAAGACGAAGACAAAAUCCAAUGCAACAAUGAAAAGCAUGAAAAAACCGCUUUAUAGAAGUGUUAUGGUUGACCCCAUGGAAUGUUGAAUAAAAUACAAGCUAAUAUCACAAAA